AUGGAUGGAGAUCAGAAUCAUAAAAAGCAGAAAACUUUCUUUAAACGCGACUACAGACACAAAGCACUAACAACAGAGCGUCAGCCAAUGAGAGCGCAGGACUACACGUGGGAGCCAAUGAGAGCGCAGGAUUCAGAUGAAGUGCUUCUUCAGGAAGUUGAUGAGGCCGUUUGUGGACGAGUCGUGGGAGCUGACCUCCGCGUCGUCCUUCAGCUCCGGCUCGAUCUGCUUCGCCAGCUGCUUCCCGAGUUCAACGCUGAGUGUGUGUGUUUUCAGACGGCACUCCACUGGGCAGCCAAGCAGGGCGGGCAGGAGGCGGUCGAGCUGAUGCUGCUGUCCGGAGCCGACGUCAACGUCAGAUCGCAUGGGGGUUACACAGCGCUCCACCUCGCCUCCAUCCACGGCCACCAGCCCGUCGUGCACGCCCUCAUCAGCUGCCACAAUGCUAAACCCUCCCUCAGAGAUUAUCACGGUAGGACUGCGUCUCACUACUGGAGCGGCUGCAGCGACGUCUUUAACAGACCUCCCCCUCAGUCAGGCGUGAGUUUCUCAGGCGUGAGACGGACGCAGCGUUACGCUCUGCCCUCUCUGCUGACCCGCUCUCGCAGUCAGGGACAGAUCAGCCUGUUGGAGUUCGGGACUCUGCCGCAGUCCGCCUCGCACCACGUGUUGGACCUGCAAGUGUGAACAUCUCAAAGUCUGCUUAAGUCUUAAA